ACCCUACUUUUUUUUCUCUCUUACCAAAUAAGAAUCUUCAUGUACGUGUUCCUGGCAGGACUUGGCCUACUUGUCAUAGUCGGUCUACAUCAACUGCUAGAAUCUAGGAAAAGAAAGAGACCAACACAGAAAGUAGAGAUGGGCACAUCAAAUCAAAAUGACGUUGACAUGAGCUGGAUUCCUCAAGAAACUUUAAAUCAGAUCAUGCAGAGUAGAAAAGAUAAAGCUUCACCAAGGCGGUUGCCGCGCAAAAGAGUACAGAAGAGAUCAGUGGGAUCUGAUGAGUAAAUGUUAAUUAAUACAACAAUUCAGCCUUUACUAAUCCUGCCCCUCCUCCCCCUUUUUUUUCCCCUGGAUUGCAGUAGUGCACCGAAUCCAUAUCAACAUGAGGAAAAUACUACUUACUAUUUGGACUGAUCAAUUUAUCUGACUGGUGAUAACAUUGCUGAAAACAUAUUUCUCAUCCCUUUAAGAUAACAAAAUUGCUUUGGGGGCAGGGGGAAUGAGAGUUAACCAUUAAGGUGUGUGUGUGUAUAAACAGUUGAUCUGAACAGAAUCAUUGUGCUACAUGAAAUGUGCCUUUAGAGUCCUAUGUACUGCUGGCUUGUCAUCUGCAAACCUUUCUGAAGUGUGUUUUUUCCAAAUGUGUAGUUGCCUAAUCUCUUCCGAGUGUAUCCUGUUUAUAUAAGAGUCUUCAUGCAUUUUUAUUUUGUAGUAUCCUAAAGCUAUGAACUUCAUUCUUUGCUGCACACAUAGCUACUUUUGUUAGGAUUUUUUGUAUGUUCCUACUUCAGUGAUUAUGCACUGAUUAUCUGGACUUUUUUAAAAUGUAGUUAGUAUUCUAAAGGCACAAACAGGUGUAACUGCUUUGAGCAGUACAGAAUUUUUUUGCUGCUGUUUGAUAUAAUGCGCACAUUGUGAGGCCUAAGAAUCCAAAUGUAUUUGUAUAAAUGUUAGAGGGAUUUUUACAGCAGCAAAAUCUGAGAAGCAGGGAAUGGUAUGUAAUCUAUAUAAAAGACUCUUUUUACACCCUCCCCUCCGCCUGUUAAUCUGUUUAAAUUGUUAGUUUAUUUAACUGGUGCCAACAGUUCUGGGAUAUUGGACCAUAGAGAGAGCUUUGAAAUGCUUGCUCAAGUAAUCAGUAGGCCCCAGUUAGUGUUCAGUGACUUCCCCACCCUUACAAAAACUAGAAGAAUCACAAGUAGCAAAAUGCAUUGAGUUUCAUAGAUUAUAUUGGAUGCAAAAGAUAACUGUGUUAUGAAGUUGUAUGUUAUGCAAAUACUCUAGUUAAUGUACAGUAAAGAGACUUUUUGUAAACAAAUUUUAAUUUCAAAUAUAACCUGCUGGUAUAUAAAUCUGAGUUCUUAAAUGACAGUAAAAAAGAAAUUAACUUUGA